AUGUGCAUUCAAGCAUUCCCUGCUGAUGUAGCCAUUACAGAUGGACAGCAAAGCAUGCCUGGUCCAGGUGUUGUUGAUGUGGGGCAACUAGACGGGAAUGUGGGCUUGGCUGCGGGCGCCAUACUUGAGGCCACAACUCCCAGUUCCUGCUGCCUCAUUCUCUUCACAGAGAACGACACAUCAAGCCUCACAGAUUCACAGAAAGUCCUGAAGGCGUGGCAAAGACAGCAGCCGGCGGCAGUGUUCCAAGUGGUCGUGGGCAACAAGGACACUAAUGUGACUCAAAGCUUCUCUCAGCUGAUCCCCCGGGCUCGCCAUGUGCGUCGGUUGUCGCGGUGCACUGUAGUUAUGGUGGUGAGUCACAACCCAAGCUUCCUUGGUGAUUUUGCUGAAUGGUCCCUGAGGGGCCGACUCCUGGUGUGGGCCAGUAGACUGAUGGUGGUGACUCGCCUCACCCUCCCUGAGAUCAGCACCCUUCUGUCAACUCACUUUACCUUCUCCAUGAUGAACGCGAUUUUUCUCAAUUCUCUCCGAGGUCGGUUUCAAGUGUUCAGCCAUCUACCGUACACCGCAAUGGGUCCCCGUGUAGUGCAGGCUGGCUAUUGGACGCCUACAGUUGGACUCACAGUCACUGAAGGCCACUCCAUCUUCCAAGAAAAGUUUUCGAAUUUUUACGGCGCACGGUUGAAUGUCACUGCCCUUCCCUACGGACCAUACUGGGAGGAGCGACACGAGUCCGACAAUGCCACGAAUUACUCUGGCACUGACUACCUCACCCUGGCAGCCAUUGCUACCUCCCUUAACUUCACUGUUCACGUGCUGCCCACCUCCUCCUGGACUGAGGUGAUGCGCUUUGUGGCAGAAAGAAAGGCUUUCUUCGCCCCAGUCAUCCACACAGUUUUGGCUCAGAGGCUUGAGAAGAUUGACUUCUCCGUCGUUUAUGAAAUGUCUCCAAUAGGCUUUAGCAUGGCGACGCCCACCCUUGAAGCACGAUGGCAAGCCCUGUACUACCCUCUUUCAAACAUCGUGUGGGCCGCCACCCUCCUUGCUCUUCUCCUCGUGCCAAUUUGUUUCUAUAUACUCAUGAAGAAAAUAGGCGAUACAUCUGAGGGCAGAAGUGGAAAGCUGGGUGUGGCCUCAGUGUUCCUGGACAUGAUGGGGAUGCUGCUGGGUCAAAGCCUUCUUCACCACAUGCCGAACACUUCUUCUAGCCGUAUUCUGGUUACUGCCUGGCUGGUGUUCGCCGUCAUCCUUGGGUCAGCCUACAGUGGCAACCUCACCGCUUCCCUCACCUUACCUAAGUAUCCUGCGCGCCCAGAGACACUCCCACAGCUCGUCGAUGCCGUUGACAGAAUAACGAUGCCGCCAUACGGUGAAGAGUUCAGAAACUACUUUGCCAAGUCAGGGUCGCCGGUAUUCCAGAAGCUGGCCCGUCUUAUUGACAUCGUGCCAUCGCUGCUCGAAGGCCAGCUGCAGGCUUCCAAACUCGACCAGGGGCACCUGGACAACCAACGGUACCAGCGGCUAAGCAUUGCAGAAACAUUCACGCAGCCAGACGGAAGAGAGCUGCUGUACAUCGGACGGGAGAGCAUCAUGCCAGGUGAAGCUGCCUGGCCUCUGCCUCAUGAUGCUCCUUACGCUUCCGUCAUUAACCGACUCCUCAUGGCCGUGAAUGAGGGUGGUCUCUAUGAGCACUGGGGGGAUGAGCUGCUCUUCAAAGUAAAACAGAAGAGCCGCACAAUGCAUAAGUUGUCUCAUCCAGACCAGGACCCAACGGUGGACAGCCCUCCAUCACUUACCAUUAUACAUAUGCAGGGAGCCUUCAUGGUUCUUAUACUUGGAUGUGGCUUGGCAGUCCUCGCGUUCACUGGAGAGGUUUUAUUAGUGUGA